CUCGGUCAACCGCAAAGCAAAGUCACAUACACUCUCACUCAUUCUCUCUUUUUGACACAGAACCAGAGACGCACGUGACACACACACAUACACACACACUCACAGACACCACUCCUUAGCAUAGCGGGACAAGCAGCUCACAAAUAACAGAGACAUCUACCACUUGGAUUUUAUCAGAGGCUUUAAGAAGAGACCAGACACAGAGGACUGGAGAGAAGAGACCAGACACAGAGGAGUGGAGAGAAGAGACCAGACACAGAGGACUGGAGAGAAGAGACCAGACACAGAGGACUGGAGAGAAGAGACCAGACACAGAGGAGUGGAGAGACCAGACCAGACACAGAGGACUGGAGAGAAGAGACCAGACACAGAGGACUGGAGAGAAGAGACCAGACACAGAGGACUGGAGAGAAGAGACCAGACACAGAGGACUGGAGAGAAGAGACCAGACCAGACAUAGAGGACUGGAGAGAAGAGACCAGACCAGACACAGAGGACUGGAGAGAAGAGACCAAACACAGAGGACUGGAGAGAAGAGACCAGACACAGAGGACUGGAGAGAAGAGACCAGACACAGAGGAGUGGAGAGAAGAGACCAGACACAGAGGAGUGGAGAGAAGAGACCAGACACAGAAAACUGGAGAGAAGAGACCAGACACAGAGGAGUGGAGAGAAGAGACCAGACACAGAGGAGUGGAGAGAAAAAGAGUAGGAAGACAGAGGAAGCCACCAAAAGAGGAAGAGACAAGAGGAACACCAGACCGGAGUCGCAGUGACUCAGGCUCUACACUGAAGACUUCUAGAUCCUGAACCUGUGUUAUCAAGGAGCCUCCGUCCUCCCAGCCCCCAAGCCCCCUGUGUGUGUGUGUGUGUGUGUGUGUGUGUGUGUGUGUGUGUGUGUGUGUGUGUGUGUGUGUGUGUGUGUGUGUGUGUGUGUGUGUGUGUGUGUGUGUGUGUGUGCGUGUGUGUGUGUGUGUGCACCCCUUUCCCUCCUCGUCCCACCCACCAUCACGUCCACCAUGCUGUGGACUGUUCCCCUAGCUCUGCUGGUUCUCCUCUUACUGCAGACCCAGCUAUGUGUCUGUCUACGGGGGCUCCGAGCAGCCGGCUCUUCCUCCUCUCACUCUCGUAAUGCCACCCAGCAGCGCCUGCCUGGAGCCGUCAUCAUCGGUGUGCGUAAAGGUGGCACCAGGGCCCUUCUAGAGAUGCUCAACCUCCAUCCGGACGUAGAGGUUGCCAAAGCUGAGGUGCACUACUUCAACGUGGAAGAGCACUUCCGGCGGGGGCUCGCGUGGUACCGUGCCCAGAUGCCCUUCACCCUGCCUGGACAGCUGACGGUGGAGAAGACCCCUGGAUACUUUGCCUCUCCCCAUGUCCCAGUGCGGGUCUGGGAGAUGAAUCCUGCUGUCCGACUACUGCUGAUAGUCCGCGACCCCGCCGAGCGCCUCGUCUCCGACUAUACCCAGGUCCUUCAUAACCGUGUGACCCGCCACAAGCCCUACCAGCCUCUAGAGGAGUUGCUGCUCCAGCAGGGCCACAUCGACCCGGCCUACAAGGCUCUGCAGAGGAGCCUGUACCACCAGCACCUGGCCCGCUGGCUGGAUGUUUUCCCCAGGGAGCAGGUCCAUGUGGUGGAUGGAGAGGCCCUCAUCAGACACCCCUUCCCGGAGCUCCGCAGGGCUGAGAGGUUCCUGGACCUUCCCCCGCGCAUUGCUCCCUCCAACUUCUACUUCAACACCACUAAAGGGUUCUACUGCCUCCUCUCUGCCGGGGGACAUGACAAGUGUCUGGAUGAGUCCAAGGGGAGGCCCCACGCUCCUCUCAGCUCACAGGCCUUCAGGAAGCUGUGUGGAUACUUCAGAGAACCCAACAGGCUGUUCUUUGAGAUGGUGGGGCGCUCCUUCAGCUGGUGUUGAACUGAUUGGGACAGAGCACAGAGAGAGGAGAUUAGAGAGGGUACAUUGGAGAUAUUGGCGCAUAAUAACAAUAUUUGUUAUCAGUGUGAUAAUUCUGUUGGCUUGCUUGGUUGAUUGAUGGUCCUGUGUGUGGCUCAGUUGGUAGAGCAUGAUGCUUACAAUGCCAAGAUUGUGGAUUCAAUUCCCACUGGGGUCUGGUAUGGAAAGAAAAUGCAUGCACUCACAACUGUAAUAUGCUGUGGAUAAGAGUAUUUGCUAUAUGACUAAAAAUGAUUGGUUGGAUGUUUUAAUUUGUGUUUAUUGAUGGGUGAGUGGGUGGAUUAAUCAGUUUCAGGUAGAUGAGAGAUGUGAGGACUACUGCUGCACACAUAGGACUUUAGAGAUCUCUGUGUUUUAAAUGUACUGUCAAUGAGCUUCUGCAAGCCAGGCUGAAACCCUGGGAGUAAGCAGCAUCCCAAGCAAAGACUGUAUAAGAUGACAAGCCCUCAAUGAGGGACACACACAUGAUGUGCAUAUUCAAUAUGGCUGCUCCACCCAUCACAGAUUAGAACCAUGACUUGAAUACGAGACCAUUCAAGUGAUUCAAUGUUUAUGCUACUACCUGCUGGAGAACAUGAACUGAAGUGCCCGUUCUGUGAUACUGUAUACCUGGUGGUCCUAAUACUUCCUGAUCAUCACUCCUUCUGGUGCCUGUCACGUGAGCCUUUGCUUCCAGGGAUGAACACUGGAACUACAAUAACCUGUGCCAUACAAUUGUAUCAUGAAUAAUCAGGACACAUAUAUAACUCUUGAAAUACAAUAUCUGUAGCUCCUGCUUCGUACUUUUGACGUUCAUUAAAAUGAACAGACAUUUAGAAGAAACAGAUGAGUUCUACAACAGACACUGUUAAAACCUUAAAAGGAUCGUCCCCUUUUUUUCCCAAUUUUCAUCGAAAAUUACAUACCCAAAUCUAACUGCCUGUAGAUCAGGACUGUGAAGCAAGCAUAUUCUUAAUACCAUUUGAAUGGAAACACUUGGAAGUUUGUGUAAAUGUGAAAGGAAUGUAGGAGAAUAUAACACAAUAGAUCUGGUAGAAGAUAAUACAAAGAAAUGUACCAUCAUCUUUGAAAUGCAAGAGAAAAUCCAUAAUGUACUGUUCCAGCCCAGGUGCAAUUUAGAUUCUGGCCACUAGAUGGCAGCAGUGUAUGUGCAACGUUUCUGACUGAUCCAAUGAACCAUUGCAUUUCUGUUCAAAAUGUUGUAUCAAGACUGCCCAAAUGUGCCUAAUUUGUUUAUUAAUAACUUUUCAUGUUCAAAAUUGUGCACUCUCCUCAAACGACACCAUGGUAUUCUUUCACUGUAAUAGCUCAUGUAAAUUGGACAGUGCAGUUAGAUGAACAAGAAUUUAAGCUUUCUGCCAAUAGCAGAUAUGUCUAUGUCCUGGGAAAUGUUCUUGAUUCUUACAACCUCAUGCUAAUCGCAUUAGCCUAUGUUAGCUCAACCUAUCCCGCAGGGGACCCACAAAUCCUGAAGAAGUUUUUAAAAGAAACAGAUGAGUUCCAGAAUGGACUCUGUUAGAGUGUACAGAAGAAUGUUUUGAAAUGAGAUUGGGGCUACUAUGAACUGAUGCGAUUCUUUGCACUAUGAACUGAUGCUUAAAUGCAUAAAAGGUCAGUCGAUACAGUAUAUGUGGAACUACUGUAGCAAUAUGAAGCUGUUUCAAACUGUCUGACGUUUCAGACUGCUUACCAUUUUCACUGAACUGUUUACCAUUGUACAAAGUAUGCAAAAGAAUAUCCUCAUCUAGAUAAUUAUGUUUGCUUCUAGUGUUAUUGUGUUACUAGGUUUACUCUCAUAUUUGACUUUCACAUGUUCAAUAGAAAUGUAUUUUUCUUUGGGGUGGGGGUUGUUGUAUUUCGAUUUUGAAUUUUAAAUUUCGAUUUCCAGAAGUUUGAGCUGUAAUGUAUUGUAUGUAUUGAACAAUAUUUAAUAGAGUAGGCUCCCUCAAUAAACAAUUAUCUCCA